AGUCUCAAGUUUCAUUUGCAUUUGAGGAAUAUAAUGUGUGUAAGAACUGCAAGAAUUUAUAAUUUUAAUUAUUACACUACAUCAAAGUUUUAUUUUUAUUAUGUUAUAUUACGUAAUUACACACACAUUUAUUAUUCUAUAUCGUUUUUAUGAUGAUAAAUCGAAACAGAUUUGCCCAAUACGUAACAAUUAUCAGAUGUACAAAAGUAGCACAAAACGUCAUUUCAUCAUCUGUUCUUAUUUCUCUUAACGUAACAAAUGACUCACGACCGGGUCGUAUUUUAUUAUCGUGCUCCACUUUGCAGAGAGGAGAGCCUUCUCUGAAUUAAUAAUUUCUCUGGUCCUUGCACGGCUGAUGUUCGGGGAAGAGCGAACGGGGUCAACGUGCCACAUCAGGAUCCCAGACUCACCUGCGGAGGAAUGUAAGAAUUCUCGACUAUAUCCCACUCUAACGCACAGGUUUAUUUCACACCAUUUACUUUAAGCGUGUACGCUUGUGUUCACAGUGUAACGCACACGUACACGGUGACGUUUUACAAACAACAAUUUCGUUUACGUAACUUUCACAUUUUUCACUCACGAAGGUGAUUUCUUUUGCGCGAUACGUUUUGCGCGUUAAAAAAAAAAAACAAACGCGGAAAUGUUUAUUGUUUAAAAUUUACACACACAAAUAAGUAGCACAAAAUAAAAGUUGUUUCGAGAACGUUCUAUUUACAAAUACUUUUCGCAAUGUAUUCGAUCAACUGAUUCCAAUUUCAGAACAAACAGUGUUGAAAAGUUUAAUGGAAGACUACGUGAAAACUGCAUAACGCACAAAAGAAUUGUCGUGUGUUACGUACAACACGGGAGACAGCGGGCGUUUUUGAUUAUGAAAACGCGCACGAGAAUGAAACGGAGAAACUCGCCGAGAAAGAAUGCGGAAUCACUGCUAAACCGUUUCGAAGGUGUUGGGCACGGAUGCGUUGUAGCCAGGCUUCAUUUUUCCUCAACCACGUUGCGCAUCCUUCGUUGCGGAAUGACGCAUCGGACUACAAAACCGACAUCCCGCGAACAUGUUCAACAAGAAAAUUGAGCGCAAGAGAGCAACAAGUGUGCGAUGAGACAGCUAAAAGAUAAAAACUCUAAUUUCUACUAUACGUGAUGAAGUGACGGAAGAAGUAAAGUGAAUCAUAUAACACAGCACUCGUCAUCGUCGUAAAAAAGAAAAGGACAAGAUGAACCCUUCGCUCACUGCCAAUACAAGUUUCCUACAUGGGAGUGGUAAGGCUGCCCUGAUUUCCGACAAAGUUAUUUACGCCACUCUCGAUAGUUUAGCUUUGAAACAAACGAGAUUGCCCUUGCGACUGCUUCCUGUGGACUGCGACAACGUCGCGGACAAGACGGACAAAAAAUCGGACAAGGAGAGGACGCUUGUCAAUGGGAAAACGUCGCCCAAACGACCGUCUUCCAAGGUGAAAUCCGGGGCAAGUCAUCAACGGAAAAGUUACACCAAGUGUCUGGUCUUCUCUUCCACGAAGUCGGAGAACGAGCCGAUCGCUAGAACAUUCGAUUCUGCAAACGCGAGUAUCGUAAAAUCCGAAAUCGAUUCUCGAGAAAAUACAACGAGAGAAAACGUGGAAAAUUCGUCGUCGGUGGCGGAAGAAUCUCUGAUUGAAGACUCGCGAAAUAACAACAGCGACGAUUUGACACAAACGGAGCAGGAUUUUUGCGACAAUUUUGCUAACGAUCGGUGUGAGAAAGAAAAAUGUUCCGUCGAAAGAAAAGACUCCAGUUCGUCCAGCGACUACGAGGAGAUGAACGCGGUAACGGACUACGAAGCGUCCGCGUUCGAAAAUACGUCCAGUUUCGUAGCGUCAAACAAAACAUCAUCCGAAUCCGCAACGCACGAGAGGAAUAUUUCAAUUGUUUCGAAAAUAGCCGCCAAAUCGGAAUCCACCGACGAUCUAGCUUCGCGAGAGGAUGUGUACGAAAAUGUCUUCGUGGAAUCCCGAUCCAAUGAAAACGUGAGAUCGAUCACGAGCGACGAGAACGACAGCGUGUCAUCAGCGCGACAAAAGAAACAAAAGAAACGUUUCACCAGGAAUGUGUUGCAUUAUGUUCCUCGUCAUCUGGUGAAACACGCGAAGAAAAAGAAAAAGAAACUAAAGAAGUCGUACACGCUGAACAGCUCGGUUAGCUCGUUCAAGUCGUUACAAACAACGCCCGUGCCCAAGAUAAUUCAAGACUCACCUACAGCCAAGAUCAGAAGCUUAUCGAGACAGGAAUUGAAGGACGUGAUUAUCUCGUCGCCCACGAACUUUGUUCAUGUGGCGUCCGCCACGAAUUCCACAUUGAUUCGGGACACCGCCGAGUCCAGUCUGGAGCAAGUCGUGAUUACUCAUCAGCAGAUAUGCGCCACGUUGCCUCUACUCGUUGGAAAGGACGACGAGGGAUACAAGGUUGGGAAUGAGAACACCGAGCGGCUCAAGGUCGCUGUAGAAAUGUCUCCGACAAACGACGACGUGAUUUCCAACCAACCCAAUGGAGAAGACCAAUCAGCCAUCGUAAGCAUUACGGAUAAGAACAAUCAAACGCACUACGCGGAGAUAAAGAAUGAUUUCUCGAGGGAAUCGCAAUCACAGGCGAAAGUUUUGGACUGCAGCCAGGUGGUGAAAACCGCGAUCGAGAAUCAGGCCGAUUUGCCGGAAGGUGAGACAUACGAGCCGGUCUGCGAGUUUUCCCCUCAGGCGAACCUGCCGCAAGCCAAUUACAGCUUUCUGUGGAACGGCCAUCGGACCAAGAAUUUUCUAAAUGACAAGCACGACUUAAACACACCUGCGUGUCACACCUCAAAGGAAAACGACGAAAGCGUCGACAGCGAGGGAUAUGAUGAUAUCGGACCGUCAAACUUUGUCGCUCAAACGGAAUCCGAUUACGAUGACGUGGGUUUGCCGACCGCUCGCUCCGAUGUCAAGGAAUUCACCGUUAAUACCGAGGACGACUGCGAGGAGAUUUACGACGACGUGCUACCACCUGGCAUCAGGAGCGAUUCAACAGCCGUCGAGGAAGACGACUAUCUGAUUCCGGAGACCGCGUCCGAGGAACCGUCGAGGAAGGAGCAGUCCGUGGAAUCGCGAACGAUUUCCAACGGUCGCGCGAGGGAACGCGACGCUUCGUCGACGAUCGGAAGGAGCGGCGAUCAGUAUUUAUUGGCGACGAACAAUGAAUAUUCCAGCGUGGACUGCGACAAUCAUCUGAGCGCAGAGGAGCGGGACGAGAUGGGUGUGUAUGACGACGUCGGUCUGCCGCCCGGCGAGGAACGUGUCAAUAGCCUUUACGCCAGCUCCACACCCGGCUCUGUCUUAGGACUGACUUCGAUGAACGGCAAGGAAUCCGAGUGGGAGGACCUGGAAGAGGUCUCGAGCGUCUCGCAUUGCCCUUGUCAGACCAAUGAUCCAUGCGAGAAGGAAUACGACAAACAAGCGGCGUCGAGCAAAAAGAAAUUCUCGCAGCGGUGGUCGCGAAAUGCCAGAAGGCAACGAUCCAGGAGAUCGCGCAGGAGCAUCAAGGCGACGAGAAAAACAAUCACCGCUCCCGUCGACGAUAGCGUUUCCGACGAUAGCACGUACGAGAGCUUGUAUUCCUGUCAGCCGGAUGACUUCAGCAGCGAUUCGGAAACGGAAACGUGCAAUGGACGUAGUAGGCAUUGUCACGAUGCCCUGAACGAUCGCGUUAUCAGCAAUUAUCUGGAAUGCCCCCCUAUGAGACCAACUCCUCCCCCGCCGAGGGAGGCCAGUCUAACUCAAACUCUGGGCAGGCGGAUAAAGAUGCUGCGCAGAACGUGGAGCAUCACGAAGGGUAGUCUCGGCAGGAUCAGACGACGACCGUCCGUAGACGAGUCUGGUUUUGACGACAAGGAGUCCGGCAACGAGAAUCAUCACGUCGACACCGGGAAGUACUUCAAUUUUCGAUUGAGGAACUUCAGAAAAAGUAUCGCCACCCCGCCGAUUUUCUAUCUAGACGGGAACGACAAAAAUGACAACGUCCGCGGCGCGCGCAACAACAACAACGGGAUCGUCAAGGAGACGAUUUACACCAAUAGCCAAUACAUGGGAAGCGGUAGCGACGAUUCCUCGAGAACUCCGACCGGUGCUGAAGUCGAUCAUUACAGCGUGCUUGCCGACCAAGAGCCUCUCUACCAGUUUUACGCGGCCGCGGUGGCUCGUGUUGCUUUCGAAUCAGACUCCGAAGGUUACGAAGAGGUGGAAGAUGCGACGUGCAAAAGGGAAUCGACGGUUCUUGCGAAAUCAGGACAAAGAAUGCUUUGGUGUCACACCCCGCAAGUGAUCCACAGUGGCCUCUUGCAGAGACUAACAUCGGAGGAGAAGAAAAUUCAGGAAGCAAAGUUCGAGAUCUUGACUUCCGAAGCGUCGUACUUAAAUUCUCUUCGGGUCCUAGAGAACGAGUUUCUCAACAAUAGUCUUAUGAAUGAGAUUCUGUCGCAAAACGAGAGAAAGAGAUUGUUCGGCGGAGUGCCGAACGUGUUGUCGACGUCGCAAACGUUUCUGGCCGAACUGGAAGCUGUGUGGAGAGCAGAUCCGAUGUUGCCGGGCUUGUCGGAGGUUUUGCUCAAACACGCCGAGAAAUGUCAGGCCACGUACGUGGCCUAUUGCUCGAAUCAAGUUAGCAUAGACACAACGUUGAAAGAACUCAAAGCUCGGAAAGGCGUGAAGUUUUUGGAGGCCGUCAAACGCAUCGAAAUGCGACCAACGUGUCAAAAUUUGUCUUUGCAUUCUUUCCUAAUGCUGCCAAUGCAGCGCGUCACAAGACUACCUUUGUUAGCCGAUGCCAUUCUGUCCAAACUGUCGAUGGAUCAUUCGGACAGAGCGUCUUGGGAACAGGUUUUGUCGACUUUGAGCAACGUCGUCGCCGAAUGCAACGAGGGCGCACGAGCUGCCGCUCAGGAAGCGGAAAUAGAAGCUUUAGCGAGAAAAUUGGAAUAUUCGUCGAAAGUUCGACCGAUCGUGUUGAGAGGCAAGCAUCUAGUUAGAAGCGGAUCAGUCGUGCAGUUGUCAACGAAAACGGACACCGAGUACAAGCUAACGUUCGGAAAGAAGUUCAGUAAGACGCCGCUCUAUCUGCUACUGCUGACUGAUUAUCUUCUAGUCACAAAACUGAAGUCCAAGUCUUGUCUAUACUUUUUCGGACCGAUAAACUAUGGUUAUUCACAAAUUCGUUUUAAAAGAAAUAAUCUUUGCAGUGCUCAUGACGAGUGCUACACCGUCAUAGACGCAUGUAAGAGAAAUCUUUUGGCCCUGGAAUCAGCUUCCGAGGAAUCGCCGUUUUCUGGACGGAACGCUAUGAUACUGACUCUCUUGGAGAACCAUUCCGGCCGUCACGUGGAGUAUGUUUUGACGUGCGAGAGUAACACGGAACGGGAACGAUGGCUCGAGGCUGUCUCGCCGCCCAAGCGUGAAUCGGUCGGCGAAACGCUCUAUGAAUCCUGGGACUGUCCGCAAGUAAUGGCCAAGUAUCAAUAUUCGCCAAAUCAACCGGACGAAUUGUCCUUGCAGCCAGGAGACGUGAUAAAUGUAUUGAGAAAGAUGGCGGAUGGUUGGUAUCAUGGCGAGAAGUUGUUGGACGGCGAGCAAGGAUGGUUCCCGGCGAAUCACACGAAGGAGGUGGCGUCGGAGCAUGUGCGCGCACGGAAUUUGAAACAACGACACCGCCUCCUGGCGCUCAGCAGUAGCGUGAUACAACAGAGAAGAGCAAAGCAGAAUCAGAGAGUUCAUUAACGAGAGAGAUUCGCACGAUUUUGGGGAGCGCAAGUUGCUCGAACAUUUGUGAUCAAGAUUUAAAUUAUUUAUAGUUUACGGAUUCGUGCAGUAUUUUAAUAGCCGAUUAAAAUUUAUGUGCCAAUGUAUAUAUAUAAUAUUAUUCGUCGCCAAAGUAAGAAGAACAGAAUUUUGCAAAAGUUCUUAACUGUAGCGCACAAAGAAACUAGAAAAAAUUCACGCAAAAAGG